UGUAUUUGUAUACAAUGGAAUAUUAUUCAGCCAUAAAAAGAAGGAAAUCCUGCCAUUUGCGACAUGGAAGGACCUUGAGUGCGUUAUGCUAAAUGACAUAAGUCAGGAAGAGAAAACCAGUCAGAAGCCAUCCGAAGCCAGAGAGAUAAAGCUGUAUGCCCAGAUUCCCCCUAUAGAGAAGAUGGAUGCGUCCUUGUCCAUGCUUGUUAAUUGCGAGAAGCUUUCACUGUCUACAAACUGCAUUGAAAAAAUUGCAAACCUGAAUGGCUUAAAAAACUUGAGAAUAUUGUCUUUAGGAAGAAACAACAUAAAGAACUUAAAUGGACUGGAAGCAGUAGGGGACACGUUAGAAGAACUGUGGAUCUCCUACAAUUUUAUUGAGAAGUUGAAAGGGAUCCAUGUAAUGAAGAAAUUGAAGAUUCUUUACAUGUCUAAUAACCUGGUGAAAGACUGGGGUGAAUUUGUGAAGCUGGCAGAACUACCAUGCCUAGAAGACCUGGUGUUUGUAGGCAAUCCCUUGGAAGAGAAACAUUCUGCUGAAGGGAACUGGAUUGACGAGGCAACCAAGAGAGUACCCAAACUGAAAAAGCUAGAUGGUACCCCAGUAAUUAAAGAGAAUGAGGAAGAAGAUAACUAACACCACAUAUUCCACUUUGUGUAACUUAUUUAAAUGUCAUGAGAACAAUAGAUAAGUUUUGUAUGGUUGUCUAUUUUAAAGAUUCUGUGUGGGGCAAAUGGUUCUUAAGAUAAAACGAAUCUUUCAUUCCUUUUUUUCUCAUAACCUAUUCAGUGUUUCUCCCCCCAAAUGAUAACACCAACUUUAUAUAUUCUAGUGCUCUUUUUAGAAGCUAUAAAUUUUCAAUUUUUGUCUUCUUCAGUCCCAGUUAUGUACUGUGUGGCCCCAUCUACUGAAACCUUUAUAGACCAGUCAUUUUUAACAACAAAGGAACAAAUGUGAUUCUUUAUUCAGUUUGUUCAGUUUUUUCAUUUUUGUUUGUUUUUUUUUUUAGGCCAGGCAUUUAAAUAUAUACACUUAACUUUUGAAUCUGUAGGCCAUCUUUCUUGAAGGUCCAUCUCUUUAUGACUCAGAAGCACAAAUGUGUCAUGCCUUUGGUUUGGGAAGAGCUCCUCUUAGAAAUAUAGCAGCAGUCCUAGAAUCAAGACUCCAAAGUCCAGUUUGAAAAACUAUGGUGAAAAAAGGAAAAAUUAGUACCUUGGAGGCCUUAUAGCCCAUGUUAUAUUUACUUAUUUGUUGUUCCAAAAGUGUGUGCAUUGUCAACUGGAAUUUAUGUUGUGUUUACCUGCAUGUCCACUCAAGUCCUGCAAACAGUCAGCCAGUCAUUCCGUGACCCAGGUCAGUGGUUAAAAUGACUGUUAUAAUCACUCCUUUGACCAAUACUUUGGCCUUAUUACACAUAUGGACCUGAUCUUAGGCAUACUUUUUGGUUAUAGUUCCUUAUAUUGGGUUGGCCAAAAGGUUUGUUCGGUUUUUUCCCGUAAGAUGGCUCUAGUAGCACUUAGUUGUCUUUAACUUCAUU